AUGGCAUCUGCAAGAAGAGGACGUAAGAGCGUAAAGAAGGGACUGCAGUUCACAGUUAUGGUUGUUGGCGCCAGUGGCACUGGCCGCACGACGUUCGUCAACACUCUGUGUGAAUCUGAGGUGCUUCCGCACAAGCCAAAUGACAGCCCAGAAACUGCUCACAUCGAAGAAGGCAUCAAGAUUAAGCCACUCACCGUUGAACUCGAUGAAGAGGGCUUUAGAAUCGCUCUCACCAUCGUAGACACUCCUGGGUUCGGCGACAACAUCAACAACGAAUCUAACUUCCAGGAAAUUGUUGGUUACCUUGAACGCCAAUACGAUGACAUUCUCGCUGAGGAGUCGCGUAUCAAGCGUAACCCACGCUUCCGUGACAACAGAGUUCAUGCUCUUCUCUACUUUAUUCCUCCAACUGGUCACUCUCUCAGGGAAAUGGAUAUUGAACUCAUGCGCAAACUCUCCCCACGCGUUAAUGUCAUUCCUGUAGUCGGCAAAGCUGAUUCGUUGACACCUUCAGAACUGAAAAAUUUCAAAAAACGCGUCAUGGAGGAUAUCGAACAUUACGAAAUACCCAUCUACUCAUUCCCAUAUGAUGUUGAGGAGGAUGACGAGGAUACGGUGAUGGAUAAUUCCGAGUUGAGGGCUAUGCUCCCAUUUGCCAUUGUCGGUUCAGAAGAGGAAAUGACGAUUGAUGGCGAGGUCGUAAGAGCGCGUCGCUAUCCUUGGGGAAUAGUCAAUGUAGACGAUCCCGCUCAUUCGGACUUUUCGAGAUUAAGAUCAGCGCUGCUCAGCUCGCAUCUCACAGAUCUCAAAGAAAUCACACACGAUUUCCUCUACGAGAACUACCGUACUGAGAAGCUGUCGCGUGGGGGCGGUGAAUAUGGCUCACACUACCCUAUUGGUAACUCAUCGUCUAUGGGCUCUAACCAGAACAGCGGCGAGGAUCCAGAGGGUGUGCGUCACAAAGAGGAGCAGCUGCGUAGAGAAGAGGAUAAGUUUAGAGAGAUUGAGCUGCGCGUCCAGCGUGAAAUUGCUGAAAAGAGAGCUGAACUCGCUGCCAAGGAGGAGAAUCUCCGUCAUCUCGGUGUGGCUUGA